AAAUUAUAUACUAAUACAAAAGUAUAUAGAUUUUUUGAAAACAAAACAACAACAAAAAAACUGUGAUAGCUUAAAACAACAACAAAAAUAACAAUAUUUAACAUAAUAAAACAACUACUACUACUAUUCUUUUACGAGUCGCAACACUUAACCAACAACUUUACUACUAUUUUGUGUUAAAUUACAGAGAAAAAAAGAAUCCCUUUAAUUUAAAUACCGUACGUAAAAUAGCUUUUAACUAUUAUCAACACAAACUAGGCCACCAACUGCAACAGACCCUUAACGAAGCUGGUACUUCGUUUAACUUAACCACCUUUAAAAGACCCACAACUACAAGCGGCGAGGGACAUGAAAAGCCACAAACCUCUAAACAAGCUUUAAGAAAGGAAAAACAUAAUUUAAAUUUAUAUAGAAAUAAUAGCAUCUAUACCUUUAAGUACACCGAUGAGGAUUUGAAAGGCUAUAGAACUACAAAGAUGUCGAACAAUAAAGAAACUAUAGAAGCUAAACAACCUUUAACUACAACAACAACGACGACUAGUGUUAAACCUAAGAUCCAGCCCAAAUAUGAUGUCCAUCGCGAUGUCUUGACCCAUGAGGUUGUGAUCAAACAGACCGGCUAUAAUGCUCCCGAUAAAAGUAUACCCUAUGGCCUGAAACAAUGCUGGCAAAAUUGGUCUUUUUGGUCCAUGUUUGCCGGUAUUAUACCCAUUUUACAAUGGCUACCCAAGUACUCGCCCAAACGUGAUAUGGUGGGUGAUAUUAUGGCCGGUUUUACGGUGGCCAUUAUGCAUAUUCCUCAUGGCAUGGCUUAUGGUAUAUUGGCGGGUGUAUCACCUGGUAAUGGUCUCUAUAUGGCCAUAUUUCCCACCUUGGUUUAUAUGAUAUUGGGCACCUCGAAACAUAUUUCUAUUGGCACCUUUGCUGUGGCCAGUAUGAUGACUUUAAAGGUAGUACAAAGUUAUAGUUCGGAUACAGCGGUAGCCGGUUCUGAAGUAGUGGCUACGGCGGUGGGUGCACAAGCUCCUCCUACUCCUUUAGAAAUUGUCACCACUCUGGCCUUUACAGUGGGUCUUUUGCAUCUUGCCAUGGGCUUCUUUAGACUGGGCACUUUGUCCUCUUUACUAAGUGAACCUUUGGUUAAUGGUUUUACCACCGGCGCCGCUUGUCAUGUAGUUACUAGUCAAUUGAAAGAUGUUUUUGGUGUCCAUGUGCCCCGUCACAAGGGCGCCUUUAAAAUAGUCUACACCCUCAUUGAUCUCUGCAAGGCCAUGCCUCAAACUAAUCUAGCUGCAGUCGUUUUCUGCUUUGGCAUUAUUGUCUUCAUGACCAUUUGCAAUGAAAUCAUUAAACCCUGGCUGCGUAAACGUUGUCGUUUUCCUCUACCCGCCGAACUCAUAGCUGUCAUAGGAGGUACUGUCAUAUCCAUGCUGGUGAAGGUGAAAGAGAACUAUGACAUCAAACUAGUGGGUGAGGUACCCAAAGGUUUGCCUAUGCCGGUAUUACCUCGUUUUGAUUUGGUUCCUUCUUUGGUGGUAGAUUCUAUAGCCAUUGCUAUUGUCACCUAUUCCAUUGUCAUGUCGUUGGGUUUGAAUUUUGCCAAAAAACAUUCUUAUGAAGUCCGUCCUAAUCAGGAAUUAUUCGCCAUGGGUAUAGGCAACAUAGUGGGUGGCUUUUUCCAAUGUAUACCCAUGGCUGCCUCUUUAUCGAGAUCCCUUAUACAAGAACAAACUGGUGGUGCCUCCCAGUUGGCUUCUUUAGUAUCCGCCAUACUGAUAUUGAUGACUUUGUUUUGGACCGGGCCCUUCUUUGCUUUCUUGCCAAGGUGCGUUCUGGCUGGUGUUAUUGUGGUGGCUUUGAAGCCCAUGUUUAUGCAGGCCAAGGAGUUAAAGAAGUUUGCCAAACAAGGCAAAUUGGAAGUAUUAACCUGGUUGUGCACAUUUAUAUGUGUGGUUCUAAUAGAUAUUGAUAUUGGUCUUUUAAUUGGCAUUUGCGUUUCCCUGCUAACGCUGUACAUCAAGGGCCUGAAGCCCUACUCCUGCCUGCUGGGCUAUAUACCCGAAGCAUCUGCGGUCUAUGUGGACAUAAGCCAUCAUCGCAAUGCCUUCGAAGUGCCCGAAACGAAAAUUUUCCGCUAUAUAGGUUCCUGUAACUUUGCUACCUCUCUAUAUUUCCGCAAAAAUCUCUACAAUGCCUUGGGCAUGGACAAUGAGAAAAUGCGGAGAGCUUCCUAUAUGCCUUUAGCGCAGAAUGGUUCUCUGCCGGCUACCAAUGGCGGCAGUGCGUUUAGUAAUCUAAAUUCAUCUUUCCGUUUCUUGGUAUUGGAUUUCUCUAUGUUGGGUCACAUAGAUGUGGCAGGCUGUAAACUGAUAUCGGAUAUUAAGAAAGAGUUGGAGAAACGUAGUAUACGCAUGUUUAUAGCCAGUCCCUCGGAUAGAGUGUACGAUACUUUAGUGCAUAGUAUGGCUUUGGGUGAUGGACCCUUUGAAAUAUUUCCCACUUUACAUGAUGCAGUAGAGUAUGCAAAUGCCUGUCGUACGGCGUGAUAUUUAGAGAUAAUGAAAAUGUUAUUAGAUAAAUUGUCCUUAUGACAAUGAUGUGUUGUAGUAGUGUUAUACAUAGUUAAGGAAUAUGUGCUUAAUUUUUCGAUAUGUUUAGUUUUUGCUAAGUUACUUAAAAAGGGGAAAGAAAUUGUAGCAUACUUUAGGGCGGUUUUAAUAUUAAGCCUUAGGUUUUGUUAAAGAAAAAUUAAAAACAUUUAAUUUUCUGUAAAAAAUGUAAACAAAAUUGAAAAAAAAAACAGCCAUAAUUUAUAAUUUUCCUAAGUUAGAUGUAAAAGAAAACGAAAUUUGUAAACUAAAACUUUGAACUCAACAUUUAUGUUGUUUUUAUCUCUACAAGUGCCUGAGUUAUAAACUAAACAUUUCUGGUUAAUAAUUUGUUCAAAAGAAAAAAAAUCAAAACUUAAACUUUAGUAAAGACAACAUUUUAAACUUAUUGUGUAAAAAAAAAAUUAUAUAUAUUUUUUAUAUAAAAGCUAAACUUAAAA